AUGUUUUUAUCUUUCAUAUCUCUUUGUAUCUACUUAUCUUUUGCCCUUGCGGUCCCAACAUCUCUUUCACCACGUCUGAGAGAUGUGUAUCAAUUUCCGAACGGCACCUGGCUGGAGAAUAUAGCCGUCCGCUCUAAUGGCAACGUUCUCGUCACAGCAUUCAACAAGGCACAGCUAUGGGAAAUCAAUCCAUUCAACGGAACUGAUUCCCGUCAUGCACGCCUGAUCCACCAGUUUCAAUACCCCGGCACACUGACCGGUAUCACAGAGAUUGACCAAGACGUCUUUGUGACAAUCGUUUCGAACUCUCUCUGGAAGGUCGAUUUAAGGAUGACAGAGCCGGUAGUCAAUUCAAUCAAUAUCACAAUUCCAGCCGGGACGCUGAACGGGAUGGCAACCCUUAACGAUUCAUCUUUGGCCAUUUCGGACUCGUCCUUGGGUCUUAUUUGGCAUGUGGACAUUGAACGGGCCACUUAUGGCAUUAUGAUAAGGGAUAAUACAACAGCCACCAGCACAGCCUUAGGACCAAGACUCGGGGUCAAUGGUAUCAGGGUCCUGGACGGUUACCUUUACUAUGUGAACUCGCCACAAAGAUCGUUCUAUCGCGUUCGUUUAGAUGAGUUUGGCCGUACGAUUGGACAGCCCAAGACUGUUGCGCAAGGAGUGUUGGCUGAUGAUUUUGCUGUUACGUCUGCGGGGGCCUAUCUUGCUGGCUUGACGGAUAAUGUUAUAACGAACGUAUCCCCUAAUGGCAAAGCGCAUGUCGUGGCAGGGGGGAGGAACUCGACGGCAGUGAUGACUGCGACAUCUGCGGCUGUUGGGAGGACUAAGCUGGAUGGCAAUGUGCUCUAUAUCACGACAGGUGGAGAGACACGGGAGCCUGUUGAUAAUAACCAUCAUAAGGGGGGCAAGGUUGUCGCGCUCAAACUUGAUGUCUAG